AUGCCUGACUCCGACAAGAGCCUCUGGAACCCGGCGUUUAUGAGCAACGCACAACAGCAACAGCUUCAGCUCCAGCAAGCCGCGGCGGCGGCAGCGGCAAACAACGGGGCGCCAUACGGGUUCAGGAACCCAUGGCAUGAGACCGGAGCAUCAAAGCGUAAUUCCCUGGCAUUUGCGCACCAGCAGCAGCAAGUGCUGCCCACGACAUAUGAGGACGAGGUCGCGAGCAGGGCUCGUGGCGAUCGCCGGAGGAACUCGAGCCUGGUGAUACCGCCGCCAAGAGCGGCGGGGCCAGCGCCCGACGCAUACUCCGCUUCACACCACAGAUUUUUGCCGCCGCAAGGCUAUCCGAGUUACGCUCAAGACAUGCACAGGCGUCAGUCAGUUGCCGUUGCACCUCAGCACGCAUUCGCUCACCCAUCAACAACGGCGAACACGGCUGCUGCCUCCGCUGCUGCCGCUGCUGCUGCUGCUGCUUCUGCUUCAGCGAUGUCUGAUUCGCCUUUCCACGCGCCGAUGUCUCCGUUUCAUCGCAAACUGAGCGCAUACAACAAUAGCGGCAGUGUAGCGCUUCCAUUGUCCCCACCUAUGAAGCAACUGCGAAGACAGCAAGAGGACACGAUACCUGUUGUUCUACCGCAGACCCAUCGAGUGUCGACUCGCCACGAACUUCGUCCCACGUUAAACGCCACGCCGAAAUAUCGCCGUGCGUCGCUAAACUCCAGAACCGUUUCUCCACUCGUGGCGCUUACAAGCUCGCUUACCACCACUUACACGCUAUGCUCUCCCGAGUUUUCGUACCAAACAUCUCGUAAUCCAAAAAGAGUACUAACUAAACCCAGCGAUGGCAAACAUAACAACGGCAACGAUAAUGUGAAUAGCGACUACAUCCUGUAUGUCAAUGACGUUCUUGGUACGGAACAGAACCGCAAGUAUUUGGUGCUGGAUAUCUUGGGCCAAGGUACAUUUGGUCAAGUGGUCAAAUGUCAAAACCUUUUGACUAAAGAUAUCGUCGCCGUAAAAGUGGUCAAAUCUAAGAGUGAGUAUCUGAACCAAAGUAUCACAGAAGCCAAGAUUUUGGAAUUGCUGAACACUAAAAUUGACCCUAGAGGAGAACACCAUUUUUUGCGCAUGCAGGAAACUUUUGUGCACAAAAAUCAUUUGUGCUUGGUAUUCGAACUUCUGAGCAGUAAUUUGUACGAAUUGUUGAAACAGAAUCAAUUCCAUGGGCUUUCUAUAAGCUUGAUUAGAACUUUUGCACGCCAGUUGUUGGACUCUCUGUGCGUCUUGAAAGACAACAAACUGAUCCAUUGCGAUUUGAAACCAGAAAAUAUCCUUCUGGUCUCACUUGAUAGACCCGAAUUAAAAGUUAUCGAUUUUGGAUCAGCUUGCGAAGAAUCCAGGACUUUAUACACCUACAUUCAAUCUAGAUUCUACAGAGCGCCCGAGGUCAUCCUGGGAAUUCCAUACUCUACAGGUAUCGACAUGUGGUCCCUAGGAUGUAUUCUCGCAGAACUCUUUCUCGGCAUUCCUAUUUUCCCGGGUUCAUCGGAAUUCAAUCAAAUUUCCAGAAUUGUGGACACAUUAGGUUUACCACCUACUUGGAUGCUAGAUAUGGGCAGAAACUCUUGUAAUUUCCUCGUUAAAUCUGAAGACGAAGAUGACAAAACUUGGAGAGUUAAAGAUGUUGACGAAUACAACUUGGAUUUCCAUACCUCGGAGCAACCCGGAAAACAGUAUUUCAAAUGGAAUAAGUUGGAAGACAUCAUCGACAAUUAUAGGAUUUCUAAAAAGCUGCUAGGUUCGAGUAACCUAGUUGAUAAAGAGAAAAUAGAUCGUAAAUGCUUGACGCAUUUCUUGAAAGGUUUACUGGAUUUGAACCCUUUGGAAAGAUGGACACCACCGCAAGCGGCAAUGCAUCCGUUCAUCACCCAACAGCCAUUCACCGGUGAAUGGUAUCCACCCGGUACCACCCCUCGGCGAAACGAAAAGCUCCCGAUUUUACAAGAUAGAAGUGCCACUUCAGAAAUCAACAAGUUGACGAUUGGCAACUGA